UCAAUUUUCUAAACAUCUUUCAUCAUGGAAAAUCACAAGAAAUCCCCGUCCCUUAGUCUUGAAACCAAGGACAUUGUGAUUGUUAAACCCUCCAUGCCCACACCUUCUGAAAUUCUUUCACUUUCCACCAUUGACAAUGAUCCUAACAUCAACAUUCUUUGCCAAACAAUUUAUGUCUACAAACCAAAUCUUGAUUUCCCAAAUGACAAAAAAGACCCUGCUUGUGUAAUCAAAGAAGCACUCUCAAAAGCUUUGGUAUACUAUUAUCCUCUUGCAGGAAAGAUAACAACACUUGAUGAUGGAAAACUUGGAAUCAAUUGCAAUGGUGAUGGAGUUCCAUUCUUGGAAUCAAAUGCUAAUUGUGAACUCUCUUCCCUUCAUUAUCUUGAAGGGAUUGAUGUUCCAACAGCACAAAAAUUAGUGUUUGAUAACCCUUCUCAAGAUCAAACUAGUCCUCAUCCUUUGGUUUUCAAGGUGACAAAGUUUCUUUGUGGUGGUUUCACAAUUGGAAUGGGAUUGUCACAUAGUGUUUGUGAUGGUUAUGGUGCAUCUCAAUUCUAUAGAGCACUUGCUGAACUUGCAAGUGGUAAAAAUGAACCAUCCUUGAAACCUGUUUGGGAGAGAGAGAGAUUAACAGCGAAAAGUACUCUUAAAGAACAACCAUUUCAAUUUCUCAUAGAUAAGACUUCAAUAGCAACUUCCCCUUUUUUACCAACUAAAGAAAUUUCACAUGAAUGUUUUAACUUAAAUGGUGACACUAUAAAAAGGCUCAAAAUGAAACUAAUGAAGGAAAGUGAUGAUGGGAAACAUGUAAUAAAGGAAAAUUUCACAACACUUGAAACACUUGGUGCAUAUGUUUGGAAGUCAAAGGUAAAAGCUUUGAAAUUGAACAAUGAUGGGAAAACUAUGUUUUGUUUAGCAGUAGGGGUGAGAAAACUUUUGGAUCCACCUUUGCAUGAAGGUUAUUAUGGCAAUGCUUUUGUGGCUUCAAAUGUGGUAUUAAAGGUGAAAGAGCUUAAUGAAAAACCACUUUUUGAAAUUGUUAAGCUUAUAAAAGAGAGUAAAAAGCUUCCUUUGAAUAAUGAAUAUAUAAAAAAUUCAAUUAAUAUAUUGGAGACAAUGAGGAAAAGGAAUAUUAGGAUUGAAGGAACUGGUGCAUCAUUGGUGUUAACUGAUUGGAGACAACUUGGUUUGUUGCAAGAAGUUGAUUUUGGAUGGAAAGAUUCAGUGAAUAUUGUGCCUGUUCCUUGGAACAUGUUUGGUUUUGUGGAUUUGUGCCUUUUUUUGCCUCCAAAUAAUUUGGAUCCUUCAAUGAAAGGAGGAGUUAGGAUCUUUGUGUCACUUCCAAAAGCUUCAAUGGCUAAGUUUAAGGAGGAGAUGGAAUUCCUUAAGGUCAUGAAAGUUGAUGAAGAUAGUUCCUAGCUAUAAAAAAAAAAUGCUUUGUUUCUUUUUUCUAAUGCCCUUUUUCUUGUUAUAUUUCUUCCAAGUAUAAGUAUGCUAUUUUUUUUUAGUAAGUUAGGAUAUAUCUUAUUUGUAAUCUUUUCACAUUUUAUCUUCUAAAAUGUUGUGUAAUAUUUUUAAAUAAUGAUAUUAUUGGUACGAAGUGUCCACAAUUUUUUCAACCACAUAUUUUCGAUCCUCAGUUCUAUAAAUAAAUCGAGCCAUGUUCCAGUUGAAUCAAU